GUCUUGACUAUUGUCAUGGUUUCACUGGGAUGCACCAUGGAGGUGUCUAAGAUCAAGCAACACAUGGUGAAGCCUAAGGGAGUGGUGAUAGCGUUGCUGGCCCAGUAUGGCGUCAUGCCGCUCACAGCCUUUGGCUUAGCUAAGGCGUUCCAGCUGGAUGACCUGAAAGCGGUGGUGGUUCUGAUCUGUGGCUGCUGUCCUGGAGGAAGUCUGUCCAACAUCCUGGCUCUGUUUCUGCAAGGUGACAUGAACCUCAGUAUUUUGAUGACUGCCUGCUCCACCUUGCUGGCUCUGGGCAUGAUGCCCCUUCUGAUCUACCUCUACUGCCAGGGCUUUGCUAACCUGCACAACGUUGUGCCCUAUGUUGACAUCAUCAUAGCACUGGUCAUGCUCCUCAUACCCUCGGGUGUUGGCAUCCUCAUCAACUACUACAGGCCACAGUACGCCAAGUUAAUCACAAAGAUAGGACUCAUUAUCAUGGGGAUUUCUGUGGUGGUGGUCAUCAGCCUCACCAGCAUUGGAAUCGGAGGCUCCAUCCUGACCGUGUUGUCUCCUCCACUCAUGGUCAUCGCCGCUGUCAUGCCCUUCAUAGGCUACGCCUUUGGAUACAUCAUCUCCUCACUCUUCAAACUCAACCAACCGGAGCGGAGGACUGUUGCCGUGGAAACAGGCUGCCAGAACAUCCAGCUGUGCAUCACCAUCUUGAAGAUAGGCUUUCCCCCAGCGGUGAUGGGCCCCCUCUUCCUAUUCCCCACAGUCUACGCGUCCUUCCAGCUGAUGGAAGCGCUGGUGCUCAUUGUGCUGCUCAGGUGUUACCAGAGGUUUACACAAAAGGAGAAAGACAUAUACCAGCCUGCAACAACUGAAGACACCCUGAAGGAGCCUGAUUCAACCCGGACAGAGCUCUGACGCUCACAAG